AUGUCAAUUGAUGAGAGGUUUGAAUCACUGUGUCAAAAGGUACCCAUCGUGGAUACUCAUAACGAUUUUCCUUACCUCUUGAGAGUUCAAUUGCACAAUGAAUUACACUGUGAUGGUAACAAGUUUGAUUUUGGAUCCAUGCUAACUAGUCAUACCGAUCUCGUGCGAUUAAAGAAGGGAAAAGUUGGUAUUCAGUUCUUUAGCUGUUUCAUUGAGUGCAAAGACGAUGAUUACCUGUAUGAGGAUUUUAAUAAGCCAAAUGCUGCCGUAAGAGAUACACUCGAGCAAAUAGACGUAGUCCAAAGGCUUGCUGACGAGUAUCCUGGAGAGCUUAAUUUUGUCGAAACGGCAGACGAAGCCUUGGAAAGCUUCACACGGAGUCAUGGACAAUCUAUUUCUAUUACAUUGGGUAUUGAAGGUUUACAUCAGUGCGAUUUAUCAUUAGCAGUGCUAAGGCAGUACUAUCGUUUGGGUGUACGUUAUAUCACCUUAACCCACAAUUGCGAUAACCCUUUUGCGACUGCCGCUUCCUCCAUUGCCGCAGGUAAACCCGAUCAUGGCUUGACGUGUUAUGGUGUUGAUUGCAUUAAGGAGAUGAACCGACUCGGUCUGAUUGUAGAUCUUAGUCAUGUUUCCCACAAAACCAUGGUCGAUACUUUGAAAGUGACAAGGGCACCAGUUAUCUUUUCUCAUAGUUCUGUCUAUACUCUUACAAACCAUGAGAGAAACGUUAGAGACGAUGUCCUGCAAAUGGUUAAGAAUAACGGUGGUGUAGUUUGCAUCAAUUUCUUCCCCGUAUUUCUGCAAAGGCAGGCGGGUGGGGAAGUGACCAUUGAUGAUGCUGUUAGGCAUAUAAAAUAUGUAGUAGACACUAUAGGUUGGGAUCAUGUAGGUCUAGGUUCUGAUUUCGAUGGCAUACCAAAGGGUCCUAUUGGUCUUGAAGAUGUUUCCAAAUAUCCAGAUUUAAUCAGAAGAGUAUGGGAGGAAACCGGUGCUGCUGAGAAGGAUAUAGCCAAGUUGAUGGGCUUGAAUGUAUUCAGAGUCUGGAAAAGGUGCGAAGAUGUAGCUAAAAGCUGGGAUCAAAGUGAUACACCUGUGGAAAGCAAUUGGUCCGAAAGGAGGUGGGAAUUUUUUGAGUACUGUAAGGAUUUUCCAGAAAUAUACCCUGGAAGCUUUACCGCCCAGCAAAAUGUCUAUAAGGACACUCAAUUACUUGAUAAUUCGAAAAAAUAA